AUCAUCAAUCUGCACCCCGCGCUGCCGGGCGAAUUUGCGGGCGCGGGCGCGAUUGAGCGCGCGUGGAGGGCGGGGAGGGAAGAGGGGUUGGCGCGCACGGGCGUUAUGAUUCAUGAGGUUAUUGCCGAGGUGGAUGCGGGCGAGGCGAUUGUUACGGCUGAGGUGGCGUUACGGCGCGAGGAGAGCUUGGAGGAGCUCGAGGCGAGGAUUCAUGAGGUCGAGCAUGGGCUUAUUGUUGAGGGGACGAGGAGGACGCUUGAGGGGUUGGGGAAGAAGUAAGGUGGAUGUGGAUAGAGAGAGAAGAUGAUGAUACCCAGGAAUACACAAAAUGCUACAUCUGUGGCCCGUCUAGUUGUGAAGAAUCUCAGCACGCUGAGCACGAAGACAAAGCAUAUCACAAAAAGCUGAUCAUAUGUAGCAGUUUCGUUCAAUUCUCCGUUUACACUACUAAACUCGACACAAAUCCAACAUACCCAUCUCACCACCAUUGGUAUCGUCCCGGAUACUCCAAGCCAAUCACAACUCCUCGCCCUUCCUCCUGCCCCUACACCCACGAGAGAAACGCCACUUCACAGUCAGUCCCGUCUAUAGAUACAAAAAUGCGCCACCGCCAUGAUGAAACAAAGCAAAAGAAGGGGGGAAAGAACAGUUGUUUUGGUCCGAUUACUACCCUGCCAAAAGCCGCCGCGCCAUGCUUGUAUGUGUGAAACGUGCGUAUAUGCUGAAAAGAAAGAAAGCUAUGUGAAAGUGUGACAAGGGAACAGGUGGUGGAUUUUUCCUUUGUUGCUCG